AUGAGAUAUGUGUGUAAUGCGUUCGAUGAAUCCGGCCGAGUACUCAAACGUCCUCAUGUUAGUACGAAAGCCAACAAGGACAACUAUAUGUCCUUGGCAAUGUCGGGUAAUUACAAUGAAUUACUGAGUCUUUCUAUAGAUGUGUUGGAAGACAUCAAUGAUUCAUUGGAAAAAGCCGGGUUAAUCGAAACAAAGAAGAUUAGUCCUAUUGAAGCAUUGGCUUUGCUGAAGGAACAAGGAUACGAGACUGGGCAGAACUGCGCAGUCAUUUUGAUGCUGAAGGAUACCGCUGGAAUGGUUUUAUGUUUACCAAAUGGCUUGAUAAUGAUCAACGUUAUCAAGUACCAAGCACCGCAUAGUGAAACCAACGACUUAGCAUGCCCGCGUUUCUAUCGAAAAAAGAUCGAUAACUGGGAUCGACUGCCUAAAGAUGAGUUAAUUGAACUAAUCCAUCAAUCCAGCAAAGCGGUAACCCAAUGGGAAGCGUGGAUGAACAACUAUGAGCUUGAACAAAUACUGGAGACUCUGUGA